AUUUUGUAUUAUUUUUGCAUAAGUUGCAGAUCUUUUUCAUAAUCGUGGUACAAAAAUAAAAGUUGCCACUGUCAUAUCUUAGAAUCAUAUCUUGAUAAAGACAACAGUGUGAAAUACAACAAAAUGCCCACUCCAUGUUCAACAAAAUGUGGAAAAGAUGCUAUUCUUAAAAGACCUAAAACUGCUGAUGCCUUGUGUAAAGAAUGCUUCUUCUUUGCUUUUGAAAGUGAGAUUCAUUAUACAAUAGUAAAAGGAAAAUUGUUUAAACCUGGUGACAAAGUUGCCAUUGGGGCAUCAGGGGGAAAGGAUUCUACAGUACUAGCAUAUGUUUUGAAAACUUUGAAUGACAAAUAUCAGUAUGGAAUUGAUUUAUUCUUAUUAUCCAUUGAUGAAGGAAUUACUGGGUACAGAGACGAUAGUUUGAAAACAGUUCAACAAAAUAAAGAGGACUAUGGAUUGCCAUUAAAAAUAUUAUCUUAUAAACAAUUAUAUGGAUGGACAAUGGAUGAGAUUGUGGCCCAAAUUGGAAAAAAGAAUAAUUGUACAUUUUGUGGUGUGCUCAGAAGACAAGCAUUAGAUAGAGGUGCUGCUCUUUUAAGUGUGGAUUGUAUAGCAACGGGUCAUAAUGCUGAUGACAUUGCGGAAACAGUUUUAAUGAAUAUUUUAAGGGGUGAUAUUGCACGAUUACAAAGAUGUACUUCAAUUGUUACUGCAGGAGCAGAUUGUAUAAGAAGAUGUAAACCACUUAAAUAUACAUAUGAAAAAGAAAUAGUUAUGUACGCAUAUUUUAAGCAAUUGGUAUACUUUUCAACAGAGUGUGUGUUCGCACCAAAUGCAUAUAGAGGACAUGCGAGAACAUUCCUUAAAGAUUUGGAAAAAACUAGACCUUCAUCCAUAUUGGAUAUAAUUCACUCUGGGGAAACACUUCAGAUUAAAGAAAAUGUUAAAUUACCAGAACGGAGAAAGUGUUCUCGUUGUGGAUUCGUUUCUAGCCAAGAAAUAUGUAAAGCUUGUAUUAUGUUGGAAGGUUUGAACAGAGGACUUCCAAAACUCGGUAUUGGGAAAUCGACUAAAGUUAAACGAGUCAUGGAUUCCAUCACGAGUGACAAAAAGAAAAGUGAAAAAUGCGAGAGUAAUUUAAAGACUAAAUUAAAAAACUUGGAGUUUUAAAACAAUUUUUCAAAGAUGUAUGUCUUAUACGAAGUCUUGGCACACAUUAUUAAAAGAAAUUUAUUAAUUUAUGA